AUGGCCACCUCGUCGCUGGCUGCCACUGGCUUGACCGCCUCCAAAUCCGGUCUCCAACAGCAGCAACAGCAGCAGGCUCUCCUCGAUGCCUCCCCUUCCUCCGCCUCCACUGCCAAAUCCGCAGCGCCCGUCACCAGGGUAGCUAUUCGAGAUGGUAAGAUGAUCGGCAUCAACGACCACAUCUACCUCUCACCAGCAUGGGCACCUGCAGCCGGUGAGCCUUACAUGAUCGCUAGGGUCAUGGAGUUUGUUACUGCCGCCUCCUCCCGCAGUGGCGCAGCUGCACUGGCUAGCUCUUCGGGCACCUUGCAAGUCCGCGCCAAUGUCUUCCUACGCAUGCGUGACAUCAGCCUUCGCAGCACCAACGACCCUCGCCUUCUCGUAGCCACCAUGCAUUCCGAUGUCUUCAGUCUCGAGAACGUCCGCGGCAUCUGCGAGGUGCGUCAUCGCGACCUGAUAGGCUCAGGCACCGCUCCCGAUGUCAGCCAAUGGAAGAAAAAGGAGGAUCACUUUUAUUAUUACCAGCUCUACGACCGCUACAUUCACCGCUUCUACGACGUCAUCCCCACCGAAAAGGUUCAGAACGCACCACCAGAAGUUCUCACUACCUUGCGCAAUCGCUACUCUUUCGUCCUCGCCGAAGCCGGCAUGAUCAACGAUCUCACCGAUGCACUUCGAGGAUGUGCCGUUUGCCAUCGAUGGGCUUCCGGCCCGGAAUCCGUGCGUUGCGACACAUGUAAAAAGUACUUCCACAUGAAGUGUCUCAACCCACCUCUCGCAUCCAAACCCGCGAAAGGCUACAGUUGGACCUGUGCGCCUUGUUCUCGUCGACAUGAACAGGACGUCGAACUCACCUUACAAACAGGAGGUCAACUCUUAUCCACCUCCACCUCCUCCAGCACCAACGACAGCACCUCCAACCCACCUAGACAUCACAUCACCGCCGCCCUCAGCAGAGGUCGCGGAGCACCGCGUGGUCGAGGCGGUCGACCCUCCCACCCAAGAAGAGGCGACGAUAUUGCUUCGACAAGCAACACUCCUGAUGGAAGCCCUAUGCCGGAAAAGACAACAGACGACAUCCGCGGAACCCGUUGUUUCAUGCGCUGGCCCUAUCGAUACUUUGGCCAACACACCAACGCAAUGGACGUACUCGACCCACAUGACUCGGUCUAUCCGAUCGCUACCACCCGACUUGGACCCAAGUACCAAGCUUCACUGCCAACAUGGGACGAGCAGAAGGAGGCUGGCCUUGGUGUCCACUGCCGCACAAAGGAGAAGGCCAAAGAAGAGGAAGGAGCCAAUGUCGGCAACGGCGACGAUGCCGCAGCUGGAUUGGUGGCACCUGCAUCCGGCCAAGCAAGUGCACCCACCUCUCAUAAGAAGAAGGGCAGGCCUUUCAAGCGUAAACGAGAAGCAUUGGAAAGGUCAGACACGCCAACGACAGGAACAAGCACACCAGCUGCAGCACAAAUGUUGCUUCCUUCAGACCCGCCCGAAUUCGAACGCGGUGGCGACGAGAGCGUCGAACCUAUCUUCCUUCCAACUGUCUCUGAAGACGAACAAGUGCUUGAUGCCUACCUUCAAGCAGUACGGGCUCACUUCAAGAGCGUUCCACCACACCAUGUCGAUUUGAUCGACCGUGCGCUCAUGACCUUUACGCAGAAGGAGGGUGACCCCGUUCAAGCACUAAUGUCCAUGUCGACUAGCACCACCAAGCAGCUCCGCAUCAGCCACUGGACUGCGAAAGAGGCAAAGCAAUUCGACACGGGCAUUGCACAGGUCAACUCGGAUAUGAAGCAGCUCAAGAAGUUCAUCCCUACCAAAAAUGUAUCUGAGAUCGUACGCUACUUUGUCGUCUGGAAGAUUCAGCGAAUCAAGGCUGAUCUCGAGGCUAUUCAGGCAAGCAAGCCUCUCGCCACAACGUCGGCCAAGAAGGGUGCUGCGAACAGGGUGAAUGGAUCUACAACUUCCUCAACAAACCCAGCUCCGACGCCGACGCCGAAGCCGACCACAUCGCGUGCAGUGUCACCCUCGCUGUCCGUGUAUGGAGAUGACCCACCGUCCGGCCCGACAACGUCUUGUGCGAUGUGUUCGACAACCUCGAGCCGAAUUUGGUACAAGGGUCCAGCAUCGCUCGCAAACCGUGUGUUGUGCGUCAACUGCGGUAUCUACUGGCGGAAGUAUGCUGCCGAAACGUUCAACCCGGAUCUCGUCUCGGUCAACACACGCAACAAGUCGGGCACAGCUGCUGCAGCCGUCGCUGCCUUUGGCGUCUCUGAAGACGGCCUUGGAGUCGCACCUCCUGCUAAACUUUCGCGGACCUCGCGCGAUGCGAAAGGAUCGACACCAGCAACUUCACCUGGACCCGUGGCACCACCUUCCGUGCCGAAACCCGAACCGCUUAAGUGCGUCAUGUGCAAGCGUAUCGAGCCCAAGAAGAAGCUCGCUCAGUGCCGUCAGUGUUCUCUCAGCGUCCAUCAGGGCUGUUACGGCUUGACGGAAGAAGAGGUCGAGAUGGACAUGUGGUAUUGCGAUCCAUGCCGGAACGAGCAGACGCAGGAGUCAGCCUUGUUGCCACGAUGCAUUCUUUGUUCACCACAGGCGCAGGAGGAUGCUGCCGCCAACUCGGCCAAGUAUGCUGCUAGUGCUGCUGGCGGUGGAGAAGGCAAAGCUCGAGGCAGACCCAAGAGUGUCUCCACCGCUGCAAACACAGGCGACGACGGCCUCAAGAAGCAAGUAGGCGCAGUUUCUCCUGCAGUUCUCAAGGCACCUCUGGGUGCGUUGGACGCUUUCAAACCGACCGAAUGCAACAACUGGGCACACGUGCUGUGCGCUGUCUUCAUUCCUGAGGUCGUCUUCUCCGAUACUACGAGACUCAAGACCGUCGAAAGCUGUGGCAAUCUGCCGGCAUGGAGAUACGAAGCAGAAUGCUGCAUCUGUCACACACCCAAAGGCGCGUGCGUUACAUGCUCGGAACCGUUCUGUCGCAAAACCUUCCAUGUGUCUUGUGCACACAACCAGCUGCCUGCCUUCACACUCGCAUUCGAGGUUCUUCCGGUCAAAAGCACGAGGCGCGAGGUUGUGUCGACACUCACCUUUAAAGGAGAGACUGGACACAUGGUGCCUCAAGUGUGGUGUAAGGAGCACAAGGAGAUCGCCAAGUCGAAAAAGCUGUACGAUGUUGCAGAGGUGGAUCAGAAGACUGGCCUGACGAGUCUUCAGAUGUUUGCCCGCGCCAAUAAGCAUCUGGCUGUUCCAGCAGCUAAUGUCGGAACAUUGGUGGGAGAAACAAGUUAUGCGCUACUAAGGAGAGCAAAGAGAUUCGAUUCGUUGCUGGUGAACGGGUUGGUAAUGGGCAGUGCCACUCCCGCACCUCAAUCAGCUACUCCUGCUCCUUCGAUGCGCAGUAGCACAUCAAGUACAGUAAUGGGGCAAAAACAAUGCUCAAGCUGCAAAACUCGCUUUUCGCCGUACUGGUGGCAUAUCCCCUCCAGUACAGAAGGAGGUAGCGUUAAGGCGGAGGAGGGUCUCGAGGGCGCAUUGUGCUGUAAUUUUUGUAAAGAGACUCGUUUCAAGGGUUCUCCUCUCACGGCUUAA